AUGUCGAAUCAACCUUCAAGAACAAUAGUACAGGAAAAUAACGUUCUACGUUUGAGGCCCGGAUCCGAACCAACUCCAUCAUCAUCGAAUCAACAACCACCACAACAAGAGCAACAACAAGAAACUACAUCAACAAAGAAGAAGAAGAAGAAGAAGGCACCAAAAGUCAGAUGGACAGAAGGCACAGUUGAUAACGAGCAUAUGAACAAGAAGAAAACCAAAAUAUGUUGUAUAUUCCAUCCACAGCGGUCAUUUGACGAAGAGGUUGAAGACGACAAACAUAAUCAUAGUUGUUCGAGUUCCGAUGAAAGUAGUGAUUCCUCAGAUAACGAAGGCGAUAAAGAUGAAGACGAGUCUAGACCUAGCAAUGGCAUACCCAAACCAAAUGCUUAUGAGUAUCAGCCACAUUAUGAGAACCGAUCAAAACUUCCUGAACAAGGAUAA